AGAAAUAUGCAUAUCUCGAUCCUGCGCAUUGGGAUGAAUUCGUUCAGAAAAAGACAAGCAAAGAAUUUUUGGAUAUAAGCGAGAAGGCCAAAGCAAGUGCAAACGCGAACACAAACUUCUCCCGACUAGGACGAACUGGGUUUGCGGGAUUGGAUGCUAAAACCGAUAUCAUAUGGCCUCUACUUGAAGCAAAGUAUCCAUAUCUUAAAACUAUACAAGAUAAACGUGCCAAAGCGUGGAUAAUGAGUAAAAAAAUAAAAAACCCAGAAACUAACUCGUAUGAACUUGCACCAGAUUCGCAUGAAACAAUCGAACGUUUGGUCCGCACCGAGAGAGAGAUGAUAGAAGAUGGUAGUUAUUUUGCCGGAAAGGAUGACCCGAUUGUUAGAGUUAUGGGACGUGAACACGGCGGAAGAACACGGGCAGUCUCCGAGCUUAUAGGUUCAACACAGGUUCAUGGAGGAUUGUUCAACAAUAGUAAAAAGCGAGCAAGAAGGUGCAAUAGUUUGGAUGCGAACAAGGAGAAAGGCUCGGUAUCAUGGGUGGACAAGAAUUCCGGUGGACCGAUCAUAUCCUAUCCACCUAUCGAGAAAUUGACACCAUGUGAGAUGCUUUUUCCAUUCCAAGUUAGCGAUGAGUUGACGGUGGCUAUAGGGCAGAUAUGGCCAACUUCUGAUAGGAUUCUACAUGGCAAACUAAUAAGCGAGGGUUUUGUAAAAGUUCAAGUAGAUAAUGUCAUUGAAGGUUGCGAGAAAAUGCCUGUUCUUGAAGUAACUAAAACUGUGGACAUUAAAUGUGUUGGAGACAUGCUUCACUGUUUUGUUCAAUGGCCAAGGGAUGCAGUAAAGAUUGUGAACAAGGAAACAUCCAGCAGGUCUGUGAGUUUCCUGGAACGAACCCGAGGCUCGAUUCAUCAAGCCACACAGGCGCCUCGCCUCAAACACAAGCCGAUUGAGGAAGACCCGUAUGAACUACAAAUGCCUAUUCAACAAAACAUUGAUCAGAUGAGUUUUAUGAAUAUGUUAAUGGAAGUGCAAGAACUACCUGAAAAACAAAUGGCAAACAGUCAUGCUCCUAAUCUAGAUCCAGAAUUUAUCGAUCCUGAAGUAACUACUGCUUUGGAAAGAACAAAGACUAGGCCUCGUGCAAUUCAAGAUAUGGUUGAACUAUUAUCAAGGUGUGUUGGGGAUAACCAUAGCAUUCAGAUUUCUUCACCGGCCAGGAUGUAUCCCCAAACGGUUCAGGAUAGUAUUCCAUAUGUGGAGUUGUUACAACUAUUUUCUAAUGAUUGGCUUGACAUCACUGUGAUACAUUGGUUUGCAAUGUAUUUUUAUGAGUCACAUAAUUCUCGAAGCGCAUUUUUUAAUCCGCACCACAUCAAAGGUGAUUCAUGCACGAAAAAUUCUGAAGGCGUUCAAGAACAUAUCAUAGAUAUGUUUAUGUUCCAUACCGACAAAACAUUUUUUCUUGCGCCAUAUUUAGCCGAGUAA